AAACUACGUUCUAUGUAUAGAUACGUGGCCUUUAGACAUUAAUUCGACAAUAAUGUUCUGCUGAUGAAAAGUGAUGUAUCAAAUAGACACAAGUCGAAUAAUGCGGCUACACACGCAUAUUCAAGAAAAGACUGCUUCAAUUAGCUAACGUUAACUAGCUACUUAGGUUCGGUAUCCAGGCACAACAACAGUGUCCCCUUGGUGUGAACGGGUAGAUCAUGCAUCACGUCAAGAUCAAGACUGAGAAGCCAGAUGCAGAGGGGAGUGGUGCACGCAGCCGACUAGAUGCAGUAUUACAGGGGCUGGUAGAGAAGAGUGACAGUGAGAGGGAGCAAAAUGAAGACGAGACAAAGAUGGCAGAAGAGUCUCUGAGCAAGGAUGUGUCUCCAUCUUCUGCUGGGAAGCGGCCAUCGUCACGGUUUCCACAGCACCGGAGAAAGAAACGGAAAGAGAUGGAUGAUAGCUUAACAGAGAGCAACCAACAUAAACAAAAUGCCUACAUUAUCAAGUUGUUUGACCGCAGUGUGGACCUGGCCCAGUACACCACCAGUACCCCACUUUACCCCAUUUGCCGGGCCUGGAUGAGGAACAACCCGGCAGUGAGAGAGAGAGCUGCAUCCCCAAGCCCCCCACACAGCAUGGGGGAAGAGGAGGCUGCAGACAUGCUCAAUGGUAAGGGACAGAAUGUGUAUCGCCUCCCUCCGCCCACCUCCUGUCCUCUCAACCCUUCUGGAGAUCCUGUCAAUCUGAGGAUCCCAUCCACAGAAAAGCCUAUUGUCAGCAAGUCUACAGAUACAGCUCUAGUCUCUGGUCCCCUCAUAUACAACCACAUAGAACGCUGGAAAAAGAUAAGGCAAAAAUGGAAAGAAGCGUCCAACAAGAAUCAGCUGAGGUAUAGCGAGAGCAUCAAGAUCCUGAAAGAGAUGAAGGAAAUGUACGACCGCUAGCUGGGAAUCCUCCAGGUAGUAUCCCACAGCAGAGGGAGGAGAAAAGAAUAGAGCAGGUAGGAGCUACGAGGAAGUCAUCUACCCCAGGACGCUGCCCUAGUCCUCUCCCCAAGGAGGCCAUUGCGUGUGACAAUGUCAGAGGAGCCUCAUGGAGCCCAUUUUUACCAUAUACUGCCACAUUUAAGGACCCAAAGUCCUCGUUUUGAAAAUGUACCAAUACUUUCAGCAAGUUGAUGCUUCUGGUGGGCCCAAGUUCACCUGUGACUGGUAUAUUGGGAUUCUUGGAUAAUAAUUACAUUAAUGUUUUUUGUCAUAUUACAGAAUAUCUGGUAAUGCAUUAUAUAGUCUGUUGUCGAUCCCACAAUGUGUCAUGAAAAAUUUGUAAACAGGUUAAGUAGUGUACAACAUUUGUCUAAAUUCUGGGAUACUCUAAAUCAAUUCCAAUGGUAAAUAUUUGUUUUAGGAUCACCAGUUUCCCAGACAAGCAGUGCCCUUUGGAUUUUUUGUUUGUUGCAUAGAUGUUCAAAAGAAAAGUCUCACACACGUCUGUAAAAAAGUUAUAAAGUAUUGAGCUAUUGUAAUUUAUUUAUCGCUAUAAUAAAUCUGCCAGAGUGCUGUUUUUACAGUU